AGAGUGAGAGUAGCGUGGUCUUGGUCUCGACGUCGUCGUCAUAAACUAAAAACUAAAGCGUUGCAGAGAUUUUACCGUGUAGGUUUGGGUUUGGGCGUCAGGUCGUCACUCGUUUUGUGUGUUAGUGAACCGGCAAAUCGUUUUUACGAAGCAAGUGUCGUCAAGUCCUUAUUAAAUUCGGUAAAUCCUAAAAAAUGGAAGCUCUUGCGUCUGUAUUGAACAAGAAGUACAAGUUGGCAUCAAGUGAAAACUUUGAUGAAGUGAUGAAAGCACUUGGUGUCGGCUGGAUGACCCGCAAAGUAGGUGGAACCGUCAACCCAGUAAUUGAACUAACCGAAAAUGAUGGUACGUACACAUUGACAUCACAGUCUACAUUUAAAAACACUGCUACGGUAUUCAAGAUCGGCGAGGAGUUUGAGGAGGAAACUCCCGAUGGCCGCAAAGUAAAAUCGAUCAUCACUCAGGAGGGCAACAAACUCACCCACGUCCAGAAAGGGGAGAAAGAAACCACCAUCGUGAGAGAAUUCACUCCAGAAGAAGUUAAGAUGGUUAUCACUGUUGAUGACAUUGUCAGCACCCGAAUCUACAAGGCAGUGUAAGAAAUUUUUCAAAUGAUCUAGGCUAUAAAGCUAAAACAAGUUAAAGUUGCUUCCCUAACCUACAAUUUUUAAUUUUCACUGUAUUUAAAUAGCUUACCGGUACUUUUAAGUUUUACUGCCAGCUUUUAAUAAUAUUUACGUUUUGGAUUCCUCUCAUUCGAACUCAGGCCUAAGUUUCUAUUAGGCCUAGGCCUAGUUUAAUUUUAAAUGUUAUCGCAAUCGCAAGAUUCAUUCCAAGCAGAUCCAUGAUUUGGUUCAAUCCUGCUCCUAGUAUCUAAGGCAUUGUGUGAUAAAUCUUUAAUUGAUUGUGUUACCAAUUUGUUUGUGAGACUAGGAAUGACGUAACUUAUUCUUGCUUCCAAUUAGACCUAAGAUUGCACUUCAAGCUUCAAACUCAACCUAUUAGACAAUAAGUUUACAUUUUGAAUGAAUCUUUUGUACAAAUUUCCAGUAUUAACUUAUUGGUAGUAGGCCUAUUACCAGUUUUAUUUAUUCUAAGUAAGUUAACAUAAUUCAUGUAAUAAGUUUACAUUAUAUUCCAGCCUAUCUAUUUGACUGUUGAAGGCCUUAAGACAAGUUAUUAAGAAUGUAGCCUACAGGAAAUGAAUUGAUAAAGCCUAAUGUUUACUGUAUUACAAAAAAAAGACUCCUUUAGCUAAGGCCUUAGGCCUACUUAACUUAAUUUCUCAAAAUACCAGUAUUGUUUUAUUCCAGUAUUUUCCUCUAACUUAAUCCAGGCAUAAAUAGCCUAAGUUAAAUAACAUUUAAACUAGGCUUGUCCUUACAAUUAGUUAAGUACUUUCUGACCUAAAUAACUUUUAAGUUUGUCAAAGUUAACUUAUUCAGGUAAAUACAUCCCAGCCUCCUAUCUUUUGCUGAAGCAAGUUAAUGUAGGACAUACAAUAUUUACAAUUAGGUACCUACAUAAAGUUUCAAUGAUGUGCCAUAAACUAACUUAUGGUCUAAGUUAAAUUUUCAAUUGCAAAUAAAUUUUUGAUGAAAGUAACUUAAGUUGACUUAGGCCUAGAAUCACUAAGUAUUUGGUUUUACCUGCAAUUUUAAAUAAGUUAACUAAUUACACAAGUAUUUUUCCUUACCUAGCCUAGCUUAUAUUUUGCAAUCCAAUUUUUUAUCUUGAAAGAUUAAAUGCCAUCUAACAAUGUAGCCUACUAGUUGGUGGUGCAAUAUGCAUAAAUAUUUUAUUCGGCCCAUCUGUGAUUGUAUUUUUCAGAUAAGUAACUUACUGUAGCAACCAAUGUGAGUUUUUAGCUUGACUUAAAGAUAUAAAUUAAGGUUACUGUAUAAAUGUUUUAUAUUCUACAGUAGACCUAGACCUUAGCACAUCACAUUUUUUACAAAGCAUAGCCUAGCAUAAACUUAAGUCGUGUUUGUAUUGAUUGGUAAAUUUUGUAUUGAUUUUGUAUGCAUUAAAUGGUAAAUAAAACAAA